CCGCGCGGAGGCCUGGGCGGCGCGGCCGGGGGAUGGUGGGCCCCUGCGCUUCUGCGGCGGCGAGGGCACCCCCAGAGCAGCCGUGCCCCCGGGCUGCCUCGGCCUGGCGCUUGACAGUGAGCCCUGGCGAAGUCGGGCAGCCGUGAGUUUGCCCGUCGCCGUGAAGUGCCCUUAGGAUGCAGUGAUUAAGGAAUUAGGCUCUCCCUCCGGGAGGGGCACUGCCUGCGCUUUAGAGCCCGGUGCAGAGAGAGGAGGACAGGAUGAUGCUGUCCGAGCAAGCCCAAAAGUGGUUUCCUACCCACGUGCAGGUCACAGUGCUCCAAGCCAAAGAUCUUAAGCCCAAAGGCAAAAGUGGCACCAAUGACACAUACACGAUAAUUCAGCUGGGCAAGGAAAAGUACUCCACCUCCGUAGCCGAGAAAACCCUUGAGCCAGUCUGGAAGGAAGAGGCCUCUUUUGAGCUCCCUGGACUGCUGAUGCAGGGGAGUCCAGAGAAAUACAUUCUUUUCCUUAUAGUUAUGCACAGGUCCCUGGUGGGUCUGGAUAAGUUUUUAGGGCAGGUGGCAAUCAAUCUCAAUGACAUCUUUGAGGACAAACAAAGAAGGAAAACAGAGUGGUUUAGAUUAGAAUCCAAACAAGGAAAAAGAGCCAAAAACAGGGGUGAGAUAAAGGUCAAUAUUCAAUUCAUGAGGAACAAUAUGACAGCAAGUAUGUUUGACUUAUCAAUGAAGGACAAAACAAGAUCUCCUUUUGCAAAACUGAAAGAUAAGAUGAAAGGCCGGAAAAACGACGGGACGUUUUCUGAUACGUCUUCCGCCAUCAUUCCAAGUUCUCACGUGCCCGAUGCCAGUACUGGAUUUUCAAGUGGUGAAAUGCAGAUGAAAUCCAAACCAAAAAAGCCUUUCCUUUUGGGUCCUCAGCGACUCUCGUCGGCACAUUCAAUGUCUGAUUUGACUGGGACCCACGUGUCUUCUGAGAAACUGAAGUCUGGCCCCACUGGUCACACGCACCUUCUUGGACGCCAGACAGAUUCCUUUGGAGCGGUUCUGGAAAGUGGAAGUCUCAAAUCUCCACACAGAAGAACAUUAAGCUUUGAUACUUCUAAAAUGAACCAACCUGACAGCAAUGUGGACGAAGGUGAAUCGUCUUUCGGAAGACAAAAUGACCCAUUUACAAAUGUGACUGCUUCAUUACCCCAAAAAUUUGCAACACUGCCAAGGAAGAAAAAUCCGUUUGAAGACAGCAGUGAAUCGUGGGACAGCAGCAUGAAUUUAUUUCCAAAAUCAGUUGAAGUAAGGAAAGAAAAUAAAAGGGAGAAAAGGGAGAAAGUUAGCCUGUUUGAAAGAGUGACUGGAAAAAAAGAGAGCAGACGAGCCGAUAAACUUAACAACGGGGGACCUGACAGCCCUUGUGACUUGAAAUCACCCAAUGCAUUUAGUGAAAAUCGUCAGGACUGUUUUGAUUAUGAGUCAACUAAUCCGUUUACAACAAAAUUCAGGGCUUCAAAUAUAAUGCCAUCUUCAAGUUUUCAUAUGAAUCCAACAAGCAAUGAGGACCUCAGGAAAAUCCCGGACAGCAACCCUUUUGAUGCCACUGCAGGGUACCGUGGGCUGACCUACGAGGAGGUCCUCCAGGAGCUGGUGAAGCACAAAGAGCUCCUUAGGAGGAAAGACACGCACAUCCGGGAGCUCGAGGACUACAUUGACAACCUCCUCGUCCGGGUCAUGGAGGAGACGCCCAGUAUCCUCCGGGUGCCCUACGAACCGUCCAGGAGAGCCGGCAAGUUCGCCAACAGCUAACAGGCCGGUGCGCUGCACUUGCGCCUAGGGGGCCAAGAGAAAGGAAGAAAGAGACAAAGAAAGAAGAAAAUCUUGGUACUGCAAGAAACCAUAUUACCAGACUCCGUUACAUACUCUCCUUUGUUGCGCAAAAUUACUUGACGUGUAAAUGGUAGCAGGGACUAUCAAGAGUGACCUUUGAAGUGAGCUAAGUUAUUUGAACUUCUAAAGUGAAAAUGGGCCAGCUUCUCAAUGACUGCGCAGUUCCCUGGGAUUCCCUCCGGUGCUGGUGUCGGCCCACGAACCUGCCACAGGCCUCGCGGUCGCCUCAGAAGUCCGCAACUUCUUAUUCCUCAGGAAUAGAUGUCUCCUAAAGCAGAAUCGAUGUUCUGGCCGGUUUCUCGGAAGUCAGUGUGUAGACACGUUGAGCUGCAGGAAGGCUGUGCGUUCUCAACACUAAACAGAACUUCAUAUUUUAUAUGCACCUGUAUGUAUACAUGAAUGUACGUUCAUGUAUCUUUGUGUACAAAAUACAUGCAUAUACCUCAUACAUCCAUGUGGUUUUAGGACAUUUAAAAACAACUGGUUGCCUCUAAAAUUCGGAUACCAGUUUCUUAAUGUGAAAAGUCUGUGUGUGCUCUAGCGACGCAAAACAAAAUCAUGAUUGCUACUCGAUUCCGGUUUGUUAUCGGGAAGCUGCUUCAGGUCACUCUUGACUUUGGGAGCCUUGGUUUCAAAAUGAGCUGUUCCUCUGUAUUAGUCGAGUAUCACGUGUUUGCUCUUUUCCUAAAAGGAAUGAUCCAAAAAAACAAUCUUAUUUUAAGGCAUGACCUGUUUUAGGAAACUUGAGCUGUUUCACGAGAGUAAUUUUUUUACCUUCACGUUUGAGUUUUGUUCAAGUAAAAGUGAAGCUAAGGUAGUCUAUUUUGUUGGGCUUCUGAAAGCCUUUAAGUCACUAGCAAAGAAAAUGUUAGGAAGUGAGAUCUGAAAAUACUUCUGAGGGGAAGAAAGGAGGUGAUCAUCUGGUGCCUGAUCACCCAAAGCAAUGGGGAAAUUCUAGGAAAGAAGAAUUAGGCUCAGUUUCAAGUUACGUAAAUAAUAGAACAGAUGGUUGCAUUUGGGUCUUGAACCAAAUCAGAGCCACUGAAGGAGUGAGUUGUUGGAACAGACCUUCGCUAGCGUGGCCCUGAGCACGGCUGGGCAUCUGCCCUCAAGAAUUGGUUUAUCACAAAAUUCUGCGUUGGCUCUCUCCUUGAGUCGGUCCCCCCAAAAUGCCGAGUACCUCCAGGGAUUAUCUUUCAAUGUUUGUGCACAAUUAGCCCGAAAUUUAAAGUGGGAAACAAUGAUAUAAAAAUACUGCUAAGCAUCUGCUUAUUUUUCCCCAUAAAAAUCUAAAAUAAAUUACGAAAGACUGAAUCUGUCUCCGGUUUUAAAAAGGAGAAGUUCACCUACAAAUGGAGACUUGUGUUCUCCAGUCUUGUCAUGAACUGCAUUUUUUUGGUUUCAUGUUUAUCUCUAUGAAGACUUCAUUGCAAGUUCAGUGCAAAGCAGAUAGGAUAGUUUGGCUCAUUUUAAUAUUCUGAAUCAGAUAAGACUUGGCCAGCCUUGUGUUCCUAAAAUUGCUCAUUUGUGUUUCUGAGUUUUUUUAGUUUUCCUAGGAGAGCAUACAUUUUGGAAUUCUGAGAACUUUUCCUACAUACAAAAAGUUAAAACCUUUUUUCACUUUUUUCCCCCCAAAACUAAAUAACUUUUUAAAUGAAGAAAUGGAGGACAAAUAACUUCUGCCAACCUUUUCCCUCCCCACUUAUACAUUUCUGUAAUAAACCUCAAAAUCUGAUUUACUAUUUUAUUUUCCCCUUUGAGGUCUUAGUCAUUUUUUUUAACACAGUGACACUUUUAGUUAAUAUUUUAUUAAAUAUGACAAAACUCUUAGCAGUUUUUCUUGAUGUUAGUAUAACUGAAGCUCUUCUUACACUUUUAAAAAUACGAAAAUCUGUGUGUUUUCAGUGUUGUGAUAGAUUAUCUGCAGAUAUUUCUGUAGGCUUUGGCCAAAAGAGGUCAGUUUCAUACUGGGGAUAUAUUUUAUGUAAAUCGAGUUCAUUAAAAAGUGUUACUCAAAUACUGCUCUUCCUUUUAUGAGGAAAUUCACUUUUAAAGAGUUUCUUUGCCAAUAUGAAACUGUCAAGGAUUAGACCUGUCAGAUAUGAGUGAUUUGGUUACAACUGAAUCAAUAUUUUAAUUUUUAAAUCCGAGACAAGACUUGUAUUGAAAACUGAAUCAGCCCUUGUCACUGCCUGAAAAUGUUGUUCCGGUGUUUAUGACCUUCCACUCAUGACCCAGGGCACAACCUCUUGUAUAUUUUCGUAAUCGGUCACUACAAUACACUGAAGUCAAAAAGUAAAAAUGAGUUCCCAAGUAAACAGUUCAGGGUCUCCGGUGUUUGAACAGAAGUGCACCAGAGUCGUUUUGGCUUCUAGCAUUGUAGGGAAAGGCCAUGAAGAUCACCGUUAGUUAAUUUCUCCAAAAUGUAACUUUUAAGUAUUCUAACGGUACAUUUUGUUAGUAGCUUAGAAAUAGAAAAAAAUCUACGUGUGCUCAUUAAAUUAUAUACAGCACAAUAGACUUUAUAAACAAUUUUACUUCUGCUUUUAUGCUGAAAACUGCAUGUGGAAGAACAUUCCCCGGUGAGAGAAUGUUUUGAAACCCCAGAAUGGGUCUUUCUCCUAAUCCUGUCUUCGGCGAACAUACUUCUGUGACUGAUCAAAGUAUUUCUGCUGUUAUUUUCAAAACAGUGUUUUACAGUUAGUUCCCUUCCGGUUCCAAAAUUUGGCUUUGAAAGUUGAACAUACUUGUCUGUCCUACCACUCAGUGCUUCAGGCUUCCUUUUCUGAAUACCACGGUCAUACCUUAGAAAUGUAUAUAAAAUGAUGUGUCACCCAUCAAGAAACACGUUUAGAUACUGCUUUGUGCUGCCGUAUUCUGCGUUGAGCCUAGUUUUGCCCUGCUCCCGUGAAUGUCGCGUUAUCCACACAUUAUGCACAGUGACAUCUAUUGCUUUUGGUGGUAAAUGAAGAUUUAGUUGUCAUUUUCCUGCUCUGAAGAUGUUGCCUCGUAUUGAGAAGGAUUUCAUGAAUGGACACCUACGUAAAACUCAGCUCGUUAGUGUCAGACUGGCUUUGCUCACGUCUGUCCUUCACCUUUUCCUCCGCCCUUGCCUCCCUCCUGCCUCCCACCCCCUCAGGGUGCUGCUGCUUUAGCAAGGAGAAUCUUACCCCCGAAACAAAAAACUGCUGUCUUCAGUGUAUCUAGGAAUCCUUACACUGGAGCUUUUAUUUUCCCCUGUAGCUUUUAGGAGAAGCGUCCUACCUUAGAGUGUAAAUGGAGCUGAAACUUUUGCUGCCCAUGUACUCAUGUGUCUUAUAGAUGUGCUUGGUGUCACGUGUGUGUGUGUGUGUGUGCGCGUGUGUGCGUACGUGCGGAAGUGAAGUAUAAAGCAUGCUCAUUCACUUGAUAUCUUUGAAGUAGGAGGUAACGGACCACGGUGCCGCUGGUUCAUGGAAAUCUAAGGGUCUGUCAGCACACAUCGAAAGCCCCCAUUUUCACAGAUUUAGAACUUGAAUCAUCCAGAUGCAAUCAUUGGAAGUAUUUAAUAUGCAAUAGGUAGCACCUUAACUAAUUAAUCUGCAUAUGAAGGGUUUUCUGAUGUAUUUAAUACGAAGUGUAGAAGCUUUCGAGCAUUAAACUAGAGUUGACAUUUUAUUUCAUUUAUGUCCUAUGUCGACAUUUUCCACUCUUACAAUGGGAUUGAAGGCUGUAAAAAAAAAAUGAUACAUUGGACCUAUUAAUCUCUGAAGCUUUUUUGAGGUACAAAAAAAUGCUGCAGAUCUGUACGUGUAUAUAUUUGGCAGGUAUUUGAAAGAUAAAAGCAUUAUUUAUAACUGAAGAGUAUUACACUUACGUAAAAAAACUCUGGUAACUCGUAUGCAUUUUUUUUUUGCAGGUACAAACUCAGAAGUCUGUAAGCAUUGCAUAAUGUGACAGUUGUAUAAUUUAUGUAAUCUGAUGCAUGAAUCAGAAUUUUAUAAAAUAUAUCAUUAUUGAUUUAUUAUAGUUGAUUAAAGUGUUUAAUCUCCA